UGUCCAUCAAUGCCAGCUGUCAGUACUCAUCAAUGCCACCUGCCAGUGCCCAUCAGUGCCACCCAUCAGUGCCAGUCAAUGCCGCCUAUCAAUGCCAGUCAGUGCCACCUAUCAGUGCCACCUAUCAGUGCCAGUCAGUGCCGCUUAUCAGUGUGCAUCAGUGCUGCCUAUCAGUACCCGUCAGUGCUGCCUAUCAGUGCCACCUAACAGUGCCAGCCAGUGCCACCUAACAGUGCCAGUCAGUGCCGCCUAUCAGUGCCAGUCAGUG